GUCACAUGAGCACAGAUCUGUUUACAAACCCAAGGCAGAGCAGAGCAGCGCAGGAAGGCGUCGGGAGGGAAAGGGCAGACUGCAGGCUGAGCACCAUUAUGGACUGAAGUAGGAAGAGGAGAAGACUGCCAUGACAAAGCCAGCUGGAGGUGCGACGGACUGACGGCAACAGACGAGCUCUUUGCUUACACACAACGCCUUUGUCUGUUUUUUUUUUCCGACUGAAGGAGCAGAUGGUUGGAGGGAGAGGAUCUCCCUCUCCACACAAGCACACACAUGCACUGAGUGAGAAACAAACACACUCAGAAGCAACAACAGGAAAGCCUGCUUGAGAACUGUCGUACGGACCCGUGCUCGCUAUUGUUUGGUUUCUGAGGGCAGCAUUUUGGUGGAAUACCCUCCGUAACAUCAGACGACUGAAGGAGGAGACAGCAGAGGACAUGCGAGGUGGGGGUGAAUGAUACCCGUGAAAAUCCUCUGUUAAAAAAGCAGCUUUAGAGGGAGAAGACAAAGCAGACUAAAUCCAGAUUAUUACCUUCAUUGAUCGACGACUGUCAUUGUGAUCAGCGGAGUGUCAUCGGAGACAAACCUGCACACAAAAAGUCAAGUCAAAAGAAGGCCGUUUUGUGCUGAGAGUGUCAAUAUUGACCGUGCUCCUGAUGAUGUUCUGACUGCGCAUGAUUCGAAUUUUGACAACAACUUGCGAAAUAACCCGUGGUAUGAGGCAAGUGACAAGCCAAGCUACACAACAACAUUUCUUUGUCUCAGCUGAUGACAUCAUUCUCGUCGGCAUCCAAGAGCACAUGAGGUCUUCAGUCCAGGUCCAGACUCAUGUCCCAAACAUCCCCAUCUUAACACAUAGUGGUUAAUCCAGAUUUGGGAAUGCUCGGCCGCACAGACUGCUGAGCCAACAAAACCACACCUCUCCAGGAUUUAUGGAAAUCUGAGCAAAUCUGAAAAACUUAAGGCUUGUAUUUGGAGGAGAUCAGCACACAGUGACUGAUCCCAGGCAACAACCACCAACCCAAGACUUUGCUCUCCAUUCAGGCUCAGCCUUCUUCUUAAAAGGGUCUGAAUUUAUAGCUGCUGGCCCAGGAAUCAAAUUUCAUGCAACCAUUCCAAUGGUGUAACGGUUGCCUGUGUGGUUUGAAUUCUCUGAGCUCUGAACACGACUGCAUCAUGACGUCUGACACGUAUCACCUGCCACUCAAUGUGUACGUCAUUGUGCUGGGCAUCGGCCUCUUCGUCUUCAUGCUCAGUCUUAUCUUCUGCUGCUACCUUUUCAGGUUGAAACAGCAAGGAACAAGAGAGCAGUUCAGCUACAACGAGGUGGUGCUGAAGGGAGCAAGCAAGAAACUAAGCCUUUUGGGACAAACCUGUGCAGUGUGUCUGGAAGAAUUCAGGACCAGAGAUGAACUGGGAGUGUGCCCAUGCUCACAUGCAUUUCACAAGAAGUGCCUGCUCAAGUGGCUGGAGAUCCGGAGUGUAUGCCCGAUGUGCAACAAACCCAUCCUCCGACUCCACACCGACGCCCCGCAGGGGGCUGAGGGCCCCAUGGAGCCAGAAGAGGUGUGAGCGUGGCCGGGGAGGAAUGAAACCAGACUUUUCCUGAAGAAAACACAACCAUUUAAAUACGACUACAGAUGACCGUUAUCACAGGACAUCUUUAUGAUCCCAAGUGGCCAUGAUGCUGCAGACUUGAGCAAUAUUACAUGGUGGGGAACUGAACUGAAGCAUACAAGGUCAGGAAAUGGGACAUUUUCGUUAUAUCGGUCCUAGCGUAACUUCCAUAAUGCACAGUUCAGCAACAACCUGACUGGAAAAGGGGCCACAGAGUUCUGCACUGCUGGACACAACAGUAGCAGUACCGAUACCUCUUCCAUCUCAGGGGUGUUUCCAAUCCAGCCAGCACAAUUAUCAGUCCAUCCAUCACUCCCACAUGCAUCUUACAAUCAAUACUGCCACUGUGUAUGUAGGUGACAUACUUGGUAAGAGGAAGCCACGCCGUCUGGAUGACUUAACCAGCAAGACGCAUUUAAGUAGGCAACGUUUCAGAAUGUGUCCCGGGAGCUUUCCUUUAAAAAAAAUAAAUAAAAUUAAAAAAUGAAUAGAAAACUAGCCUGUAUGUAUUGUACGUAAAUGUGUCCCUGUAUAUUGUUAUUUUGUAUUUGUUGCUUUUAAAAUAAAAUGUCAUGUAAUGUAAA